AUGGCGGUGACACUGUUGAGGACAUCCUUUACACAGGAGAGGGGAAACUAUGGCCCCCUCAAGUGCCUGAAUGCUUGCACUUAUUGCAAAACCAAGCAUGCAAGAGGAGACCUGGCCAGUUACUCAGUUGCAGAGCUAGUAGACAGAGCCGUACAGUCAUUUCAAGAAGGUGUCUGUGAAAUAUGGCUGACUAGUGAAGACACAGGGGCUUAUGGAAGAGACAUUGGGACAGACCUUCCAACACUGCUUUGGAAACUGGUGGAAGUUAUUCCUGAGGGAGCAAUGCUGAGGCUUGGUAUGACCAAUCCUCCAUAUAUUUUAGAACAUCUGGAGGAAAUGGCAAAAAUUCUUCUUCAUCCAAGGGUUUAUUCCUUCCUUCAUGUGCCAGUUCAGACUGGAUCAGAUAGCGUUCUUAUGGACAUGAAGAGAGAGUACUGCAUAGCGGACUUUAAAUUGGUAGUAGACUUCUUGAAGAAGCAGGUGCCAGGGAUUACAAUUGCCACCGACAUUAUCUGUGGUUUUCCAGGUGAGACAGAAGCUGACUUUCAAGAAACUCUGAAACUAAUUCAGGAGUAUAAAUUUCCAAGUCUGUUCAUCAAUCAGUUCUAUCCACGUCCGGGCACUCCAGCUGCAAAAAUGGAACAAGUCCCAGCCCAAGUGAAAAAACAGAGAACAAGGAUGCUGUCCCAGCUAUUUCAGUCCUAUACUCCAUAUGACCAUAAGAUAGGUGAGAGGCAGCAUGUUCUGAUAACAGAAGAAUCAUUUGAUGGCCAAUACUAUGUCGCUCACAACAAAUUUUAUGAGCAAGUUCUGGUGCCUAAGCAACCCGAACUUCUGGGGAAAAUGAUCGAGGUAGAUAUUUAUGAAGCAGGAAAACAUUUUAUGAAGGGAAAACCAGCACAAAAUGGAACGAUCUACACUCCUUCAAUCGUGAAACCAUUAAUAAAGGGUGCAGUAUCAGGGAUGAUGGAGAUGACGAGACUUCCAGACAAGUGUGCUGACUACAUUGAAACAUGA